AUGCCCCCGAAGGUGACGCCGAAGAAGGACGGGCCACAGCAGCAGCCGGAUCUCACGGCGAUUCUGGCGCAGCUCACCGCCUACUUGGAGAACCAGUCCAAAACACAGGAGGCUCUCCUUGAGCAGCUCUCCAAGCCGAAGGACAACGAGUUCCUGAUGGAAGCACUUUCCAACACCAUCCCGGAAUUUGUUUACGAUCCCCAAGGCGGACUGGUCUUCGACAAGUGGUACUCCCGGCACGAGGAGGCUUUCAACAAGGGCGGGGAGAAGCUGGAGGAAGCGGACAAAGUGCGGCUGCUCGUGCGAAAGCUGUCCUCGGUGGAUCACGACCGCUACGUGAACUACAUCCUACCGGAGAACCCACCGGACAGAUCGUUCCAGGACACGGUGGACACGCUUAAGGAGAUGUUCGGGCACCAAACGUCCGUGUUCUUCCGGCGCUACCAGUGUCUACAGACGACCAAGCGGAAUGCGGAGGAUUUCGUCACGUACGCCAGUACCGUCAACCGAGCGUGCGAGGAUUUCAACAUCCGGACGAUUACCUCCGACCAGUUCAAGUGCCUGGUGUUUGUCGCUGGUCUGCAGUCGGAGCGGUACAAGGACAUCCGGACCCGGUUGCUGGCGAAAAUGGAAGGCGAGACGGCGGAGCACCCGAUGACUCUCAAGAAGCUGUUAUUGGAGUGCCAGCAUUUGGACAACCUCAAACACGACACUGCUGUUAUUGAGGGUCCGAAGCCGGCCGUCAAAGCGGUCCAGCAGGAUCGCAGCGGCUUUCGCGAGUCGGGCAAACCGGAACGGAAGUUCGACAACAGGAAUCCGGCCAAGGCAACCCCACGACGUCCGUGCUGGCAGUGCGGGCAGAUGCACUUUGUUGCAGACUGCUCGUACACGAAACACACCUGCAAGACGUGCGGCAAAGUGGGACACAAGGAAGGAUACUGUGCUUGCUGCUCCAAACCCUCCGGUUCCGGAGAAGGUGCAUCACACACAGCACCCGGAGGCGGCAAGAAGAAGCACAAAAAGAAGCGGGCCGACGGCGGGGGACACUCAAACGGAGUGUACGCUGUCAACAAGGAAGCUCGACUGCGGAUCGGACUACACCAUCAUCUCGACGGAUUCACUUCCCUGCUCGGCAACCCAGAAACCAUUCCGACGGAACUGCGGGUGGCCACAGCCUCAGGCAAACCCCUUCCGCUGGAAUUGGAGUUCGAGUGUGACGUCACGUUCCGCGGGACCACCAAGCGUUCCGUGUGCUACGUCACUCCUGUGCGCGGUUUCAAGGUUCUUGGGAGCGACCUGAUGGAAGCUUUCGGGCUGUACGACAUUCCGAUCAACGACUUCUGCAAGCAACUCACAACUGCGGAGGACUCGUUGGCGUGUGGUGCCGCGCUGAAGGUGAAAUUUCCGGCGGUGUUCCAGGAAGGACUCGGACGGUGCACGAAAACGAAGAUCCAGCUGUUCCUGAUCGACGGGGCGAAGCCGGUCUUCAAGCCUAAGCGGCCAGUGCCGUUCCACUCGCAGCGGCUGGUCGAGAAGGAGCUCAACCGAUUGCAGGACAUGGGAGUGCUGGAGCCGGUCGACUACUCGGACUGGGCGGCACCCAUCGUGGCAGUUCGGAAGGCGCAGCGCGACGCAGACGGAGAUCCGGUGGUCCGCAUUUGCGCGGAUUACUCGACCGGGUUGAACGCUGUGCUGGAGGCGAACAAGUACCCUCUCCCUACCCCCGACGACAUCUUCGCAAAGCUGGCUGGCAGCAAGUUCUUCAGCGUGAUUGACCUGUCGGACGCUUAUCUGCAGAUGGAGGUAGAGGAGGAGUCGCAGAAGCUGUUGACUAUGAACACACACAAGGGGCUGUUCAAGGUCAAGCGUCUGCCGCCGGGAGUGAAACCCGCUCCUGGAGCCUUCCAGAAGGUCGUUGACAACAUGCUCGCCGGCCAGGAAGGAGCGGCGUCGUUCCUCGACGACGUGCUGGUGUUUGGCCGAACGCGCGCGGAGCACGACCGGAACUUGGAGCAAACGCUGCAGCGGAUCCAAGAUUUCGGUUUCCGGCUCAAGAUCGAGAAGUGCAAGUUCUACAUGACGGAGGUGAAGUACCUGGGCCACAUCAUCAACCAAAACGGAAUCCGCACCGACCCGGGGAAAGUGUCUGCCAUCUCGCAGAUGCCACCGCCGAAGAACCUCACCGAGCUGCGUUCGUUCUUGGGCGCGGUCAACUACUACGCGAAGUUCAUCAAGGAGAUGCACCAGCUGCGUAGGCCACUCGAUCUGCUGCUGAAGAAGGACGCAAAGUGGGCCUGGUCGGACGACUGCCAACGAUCGUUCGAGCGCUUCAAGGAGCUGCUCAAGUCUGACCUGAUGCUGACCCACUACAACCCGACGCUGGACAUUAUCGUGGCCGCUGACGCUUCGCAAACCGGAAUCGGCGCCACAAUCCGACAUCGUUUCCCUGACGGUUCGGAGAAGAUAAUCCAGCACGCCUCAAGAUCGUUGACACCGGCGGAGCAAGCGUACGGGCAGAUCGACAAGGAAGCUCUGGCGCUCGUCUACGCUGUCACGAAGUUUCACCGGAUGCUGCUGGGACGACGGUUCGUUCUGGAGACAGACCACCAGCCUCUGCUCCGCAUCUUCGGGUCGCACAAGGGAAUCCCGACACACACGUCCAACCGACUGCAACGACUGGGACUCGUUCUGCUGUGCUACAACUUUGGCAUCGACUACGUCUCCACGGCGAACUUCGGGUACGCGGAUGUACUCUCCAGACUCAUCGAUUCGGCGGCCAAGCCGGAGGAGGAGUACGUUAUCGCCGCUCUGUAUCUGGAGGACGACAUGUCGGCGGUCUUGGAAGACUCCGUUGGCAACACACCUGUCACUUCCAAGAUGAUCGCCGCUGCUACCGCCCGGGACAAGGUGCUCAAGAAAGUGGUCCAGUACUUGGAAGGUGAGUGGCCGGCCAGCGCAAGCGAAAUCGACAACCUGGACGUGAAGGCGUUCUACCACCGGAAGGAGAGCCUAGCGCUGACUCAGGGCUGCAUUCUUUUCGGCCAACGAGUGGUGGUGCCGGAGACCUACCGAAAGCGGAUCCUGCAACGCCUGCACCACGGUCACCCGGGCAUGGUCCGGAUGAAGAGUCUGGCUCGAAGUUUCGUCUACUGGCCGCACAUCGACAAGCAGGUGGAGGACACGGUGAAGCAGUGCGCGGACUGUGCUGCAGCUGCCAAAUCUCCCCCACACUCUCCACCAGAAGCCUGGCCAACACCAGCGGGACCAUGGCAACGCAUUCACAUUGAUUACGCGGGCCCGAUCGAUGGUCUCUACUUUCUCAUCAUCGUGGACGCUUUCUCGCGAUGGCCUGAGAUCUACCCGACGACGACCACGACCGCUAGGGCCACGAUCCAGUUUCUUCGAAGCACGUUCGCACGCCUUGGCCUGCCGAUGGUGCUCGUGUCGGACAACGCUGCUCAGUUCACUUGCGACGAGUUUGAGUCCUACUGCAAGGCGAACGGAAUCACCCACAUCCUCACCGCGCCCUACCAUCCGCAAUCGAACGGGCAAGCGGAACGCUUUGUGGACACCGUCAAGCGAGGAAUGAAGAAAAUCAACAAGGGAGAGCCACUGCAGGAGACACUCGACGUGUUUCUGGCAACGUACAGGUCGACGCCGAGCGGAACAACCGAGCAGAAGUCACCAAGUGAACUGCUGUUUGGACGUCAAAUGCGCACCACACUCGACCUACUGCGACCACCACCAACACCGGUUGCUGAGAUGAAGACAACUGCUGAGAACGACCAGAGACGAGAAUUUGCACCUGGCGACAUGGUGUAUGCGAAGGUGCACAAGCGGAACGACUGGUACUGGGAGGCAGGAAAGGUCAUCGAAAGGCUCGGCUCGGUGAACUACAACGUGUGGUUGGACGGCCAACGUUCGGGGCUGAUCCGGUCGCAUAUCAACCAGCUUCGUCCACGGCACGAGUCAGCGGAUUCGCCAGCGCGGGGUCGCGCUGUUAACCUUCCGCUGGACAUUCUCCUGGGCGAGUUUGGGUUCGCUCAACCAACAACCGAGGACGUCACGCAAGCAGCUGUGGUGGAACCGGAAGACGCGAACCAACCAGAAAUCACCGAGCAACCUGGCAACAACGAUGGACCGGAACCAGCUGUGAUCCAACGGCCGAUCCGGCGGGCUUCGACGGGAAGUAUUCCGCCGAGUUGCGUUCCCGUGCCGACGACGACGAUCACCAGGAGUGGACGCGAGGUUCGGCUGCCGCCGAGGUUCGAUCACUACGUGAUGUCUUAA